UGAUGACGCUUUUCCUGUGCGCCGUCUAGGGUCUCUGUAGCGCCGGUCCCACACCUCCGCGCUGUGAAGGUGACAGCCGGAGGUGACCGGCUAGGCCUCCGCGAUGCUCGCAGCACGGCGGCUGCUCGGCGGGUCGCUCCCCGCGCGGGUAUCCGUUCGUUUCAGCGGCGACACGACAGCAGCUAAGAAGACCUCAUUUGGCUCACUGAAGGAUGAGGACCGCAUCUUCACCAAUCUGUAUGGUCGCCAUGACUGGAGGCUGAAAGGCGCCCAGAGUCGAGGUGACUGGUACAAGACAAAGGAGAUUCUCCUGAAGGGGCCGGACUGGAUUCUGGGUGAGAUGAAGACUUCAGGCUUGCGGGGUCGUGGAGGCGCUGGCUUCCCCACUGGCCUCAAGUGGAGCUUCAUGAAUAAACCCUCAGAUGGCAGGCCCAAGUAUCUGGUGGUGAAUGCAGAUGAGGGGGAGCCAGGCACCUGCAAGGACCGGGAGAUCAUGCGCCACGAUCCUCACAAGCUGGUGGAAGGCUGCCUAGUAGGGGGCCGGGCCAUGGGUGCCCGUGCUGCCUACAUCUACAUCCGUGGAGAGUUCUACAAUGAGGCCUCCAAUCUGCAGGUGGCCAUCCGAGAGGCCUACGAGGCAGGUCUGAUUGGCAAGAAUGCCUGUGGGUCUGGCUACGAUUUCGAUGUGUUUGUGGUGCGUGGGGCUGGGGCCUACAUCUGUGGAGAGGAGACAGCACUCAUCGAGUCCAUUGAGGGCAAGCAGGGCAAACCACGCCUGAAGCCACCCUUCCCUGCUGAUGUAGGAGUAUUUGGCUGCCCCACUACUGUGGCCAAUGUGGAGACUGUGGCUGUGUCCCCCACCAUCUGCCGUCGUGGGGGUACCUGGUUUGCCAGCUUUGGCCGAGAACGCAACUCGGGAACCAAACUAUUCAACAUCUCUGGCCACGUCAACCAUCCUUGCACAGUGGAAGAAGAGAUGUCUGUGCCCCUGAAGGAGCUGAUUGAGAAGCAUGCUGGAGGUGUCAUAGGUGGCUGGGACAACCUCCUUGCUGUGAUCCCUGGUGGCUCAUCCACCCCACUGAUACCCAAGUCCGUGUGUGAGACGGUGCUGAUGGACUUUGACGCACUGGUGCAGGCACAGACAGGCCUGGGCACAGCCGCAGUGAUCGUCAUGGACCGCUCGACCGACAUUGUGAAAGCCAUCGCCCGUCUCAUUGAGUUCUACAAGCAUGAGAGCUGUGGCCAGUGCACCCCUUGCCGUGAGGGUGUGGACUGGAUGAACAAGGUGAUGGCCCGCUUCGUGAAGGGGGAUGCGCGGCCAGCUGAGAUCGACUCCUUGUGGGAGAUCAGCAAGCAGAUAGAGGGCCACACCAUUUGUGCUCUAGGUGAUGGUGCUGCCUGGCCCGUGCAGGGUCUGAUCCGCCACUUUCGGCCAGAGCUUGAAGAUCGGAUGCAGCGCUUUGCCCAGCAGCACCAAGCCCAGCAGGCUGCCUCCUGAGCCCAGUGCCCUGGACUGUUCUCUUGUAUCUAUCUGCUGGGAUGUUGGCAUUAAAGCAAAUGCCCUACUCUCUU